AUGCCAAAUAAACACGAGGAAGAGCAUGGCAAUUUCUAUGAUGACCAUCUCUUGGCCUCGGAAACGUACGUGGGAGGACAUGUUGAAGCCCUGGAAGCUGGUGUCUUCAGGAGCGAUAUUUCUACGGACUUCAAGAUAACUCCGUCAGCGGUCGAGAAGUUGAUCGGUGACUUGGAUGCCACAUUGACCUUCUGUAUCGUCGAAGAGUCCAAAGCGUCUUUGGACGACGUCACCAACUACGACCAAGUCAAGUCGGAUAUCCAGUCUGCUCUUGAGACACUACGCGACAACCCGAAACGAACAGACAGCCCGCUUAUUUAUCAUCUUGAUUUCGCUGCUAUUCUGAGAGGAGAAUUCUUCCCAGCUCAUCGUGGCGAGUAUAACAUGAUUCGACAUGCUCUGAAUCAAGAGUCCUUCCCGCAGAAACGACCUGGUGGUCCAGAACGACGAUAUACCGACCUCACACCUACUGAACAGGCGGCGUUGAUGCACAAACGACUGGGUGACUAUUCUCGUAAGGUUUACAAAAAAGACGAAAGGCACAAAAGUGGAGAGGAGUGCCAACGGGAGAAUCCCUUCUAUGUCGAUACUGUGCGCCGUUUUCGUGACCGCAGAUACGAGUACAAGGGCCUACUCAAGACUUGGAAGAAAACUUGGAUAAUGUGGUCAGCGAAGGUCGCUCAAUAG